GCAAUUUUUCACGUUGAACAAGUUUUGCCGCUGUCGCGUUUUUGCAAAAAAAAAAAAGUGAGUUUUUUGAGAAAAAAUGGAAGAGAAUCGAUGGCAGGUAGUGAAAGAUCCCAAGAAGACCAAUCGACUCAAAAAGAAGAUGGCAGAGGAGGAGAAACGCCAAAUGGAAUUUUCAAUGAGAGUCGAGACUCUCGAAACGGAGAAUGAAGCCCUCCGGAAGAUGCUCAAGGAGCAGAAAAUUCUCAAUGCCCAAAAGGAAAUUGCGGAGCUGAGAAAGUUCCUUGAUGAAGAAUCCUGUGAGAAGGAAGCAAAAGCACCCAAUCCGAUUCCAGAAAAGAGAGUUAGCUCAUUUAAACUGGAGAUACAGGAGCUUAUCCAAGGCAGCUCCCGCGGGGAGACACGACCACAGAGGGGAAAGCCGUAUUACUCCUCAGCCCUGAAAUGGCCGGCACUGCCAAAUCGUGACGAAGCCUCCAAAAUCCGGGCUGCUACUGAUGCGUGGAAGGAUCAGGCGAGAAUGUUUAGGCGAAAGUACGGGAGCUGCAUAAAAGAAGUAAGGGAACUGAUCGAAACACGUCGCAUGAUUUUAAAUCAAGCGAACAAAUUGUCUCUUACACGUGCAGAAAAGUCACGCAUUCACUCCGACAUGGACUUAUUCGCUGAUGAUGAAGAGUAAAGUCGCCUUGCAAUCAACAAAUACUCCAUUUAUUUCUUUCUUUCUUUUUUUAUAAAUGGAAAAUAAUGCUAAACGUAGAUGUUUUUUUCUCUCAAAUUUAAAUUUUUCUUAUACAAAAAUUUUGUCAAUUUCUUGUGUUAACACAAAGUGAAGUAAAAUAUUUCUUUCUUUCUUUUUUUAUAAAUGGAAAAUAAUGCUAAACGUAGAUGUUUUUUUCUCUCAAUUUUGAAUUUUUCUUAUACAAAAAUUUUGCCAAUUUGUUGUGUUAACACAAAGUGAAGUAAAAAAAGUUUAAAGUUAAAUAAAAGAAGUUUAAAGUAAAGUAAAAGAAGUUUAAAGUGAAAUAAAAAAUUCUGUA